AUGGAUUGCCAUCACAUGCAGGUGCUUCAGAGCGUCGACUUCCACUCCUCCACACCAUCACGGGUGCGUACACUACGCACCCACUGGUCCUCGCUGUGGUCAUGCUCUGGUGCAACCCCUCCACCCUCGACCGCUUCCUCCUUCGCGACGGGUUCUCGCACCACAUCAUGUGCCGCCUCCGCGUCCCUCAACUCCUGCUUCCUCCCUGACCCCUCCAUCCGCACCGUCACCAUCACCGUCGUGGACAACAACGUCCUCCCUGACACUACCACGCUCUCCUUCACGUAUGCUGCCUGGCAGGCAGCCUACUCAGGCUCCCUCGUCGGCUUCUUCUCAAGGUCGCACCACCUCGACCUCACCCACGGGCGGUGGGCGUACACGACGACGUAG